UGCGUCUCCCCCACCCUUCCCUCGCUCCGGGCUGGGUACCCUUUUCUCUCUCUCUCUUUUCCUUUAGCAAUUGCAAUUUUGCUCCGGCUCCCUCCCACGCGCCUUCCCUCCCACGCUUUCCCCAGCCCUAGCCUCCCACAGCAUCUCCAUGAAACGGGAUACUCCAGUCUUUCUGCGAUAAGAGGAUCUCUCUGUCCCCCUUUCACUUUAUUUCACCCUUUGGCCUCUCCCCCCCUCCUCCCCCGUUCCUUCUCAGUGCCAUCUCCAUGGCAUAGGCUCUCACUUUCAGCCUCUCGCCUUUCCUCACUUUGAAUCCUCCCUCCAGCUCUUUUCCGAAGGCGGGCUAGCCAUUCAUUCUCCAGCUUCUGCCAGCUACGCCACCGCUGCUCCUGGUCCUCUGAAUCUUUUACAGCUUUGGGGGAAUCAGGCUCGGGUUUGAGCACCGGGGAGGGGGGGCACUGGCGGACACCCCCUCCCCAUGCCUUUGGUUGCUGCCUGCCUGCCUGCCUCCUGGUGUUGGAGGCUCUGAAGAGGAAGCAGAAAACCGGCCCAGCUGCUCUUCUUUCUUUUGGGGGGGAUGUCGGUGGUGGCAGUGGUUGAGAUGAUGUUGAUGACUUGAUGCUUGGCUUUGCCAUGGAUGGGAUGACAUGCUUCAUGGUUGCCUUGGUCACGCUGGUGUUCUGUUGCCACGGUCCACCUUGGUGCAUUGCCCGGCACCUGGUGCUUUGGACAGGUCCCCCGCUGCUGCUGCCGCCACUGCUGCUGUUUGUGCCACUUUCCUUGGCUUCCUCCAUAGCAGAUGACCCACAUUCGGAGCACCAGAACAUUUCCUUCUUUUUGCCAAGUCAAAGCACUGUGGGCAACAUGACACAAAAAGCCUUAACAAAAAGCACAACAAAUCUCAAGGCAAAUACUGCAUUUCCUGAUGAGUUGUUGCCAUCCGUUACCUCUCUUUCUGAGGUGACCUCAUUGGAUCAACAAGGAACAAGUAGAAUUUCAGUUGGACAAAACAUACCAAUAUUGGAUAUUUCAGUAACAAAUAAUGAGGUUGUGUUAAUGGAUGACAGAUUUAUGAGCUCAUUUCCAAAUGAACAACAGACUCCAUCAUUAAAAUCUUUUACUGAGGACUAUAAUUCGGGAUCCUAUCCAGUGAAGCCAACAAGAGUCCCAUUACAAAAUUUGUUAGUAACCCCUUCAUUGUCUGUCCUGGACUACGCAGAAGCACUGCAAACAACAUUCCAAAGGGCUGCCUAUGUCCCCCAUGUCCUUUCCCCAUAUCUGAAUCCUUUUGAUUUGACAGAUAUAACUUUGACUCCAAGCAAAGACUUAGAGAUGUCCACAAUUUAUUUAAAUUCCAUGGAAUUGGAGGGGGUGAAUGCAACAGUUGGAAAAGAAUGGGAAAGCUCCUCAUUUAAUGUAUUCCCCUCAACAUCUUCACUUUUUGAUACUACUGUGGAAGGGUCGCCUCUGUUUAUGAGACAGCUAAGUGAGGAUACCCGUAUCAUGCCAGAUAUUAUGACAGGAAGUACUAACACAUACACUGAAGCCUAUUAUAGUAUUAAUAGUAGUGCAAAAGGAGCUCUUGAUGUAAGCUUAUCUGUUCUGAGCAUUUUAAAGGAAGCACCUAUUUCAUUAGCUAACACAGGGAGUGUUAUGUUUUCAACACACUUUUUUGUUUCCUCCCCUGUUCUUCCAGCUGUAGUUCAGACUGUUUCUGAUAGUCUCUUCAGUGAGGAAUUGUUUACAUAUAAGUUUCCCCAUAAAGUCUCCAAAGGUACAGCCCUGAUUUUACCUGGCAAUUCAGAAAUACCAACUCAAGUUGAGUUCUUCAGUGACUCCACAAGUUCAGUGCCUUUCACUAGACCAUAUGCUCCAUGUUCAUCCUGUGAUGUUACUUCAGUUCCUUCAGAGCCAUUUUUUUCAUUGCAGCCAUCAGACAAUGAUGUGGGCUCAGGUGAUUAUAUUGAGACAUUGUCUUUUAUGGCCACUGAAAUGAAAGAUAUUACACCACUUACAUCAGUAGUUAGUGACUUGUACGACAUGCAGGAGUCUUCUCCCGAAAUCUUUGAUACUACUUUCCCUUCAAGACCUGUGGUUUCCUUUUCUUCGAUGUUUACAGAAGUCUCCAACUCAAAUGCAGUGGAAAUUAGCCUUAAAAACGUAUUCACACCAAUUUCCCCUUUCCCUUAUUACAACCAGUCUUCUGAUAUUUUACUGGAAAGCACUUCUGUCAUUCUUCACAGCUCUGUAACUGAAAUUACUAAGUUAAUGCCUAGCAUUAUGGAAGAACUACCCUCUGUUGUUGCAACGGUCCCCCUUGAAUCUGCCUUCAUUGAAACUGUGAGCACGCUAUCCAUGACAAUCAAGAAUUCAACUCUGUUGGAAACACCUGCAUUGAUGCCAUCAGAAACUAUGCGUGUCAUUGGCAUAACAGUUGAGGGGUUUCCCACAGAUGACUCUGCUGUAAAUAGAUCAGACAUUCCAUCCAGCCUUUCAUUAACGCCUUUCUCCUUUGAGCCAAAUGUCUCAUCGUAUUUGUCACCUUCUGGAGCCACAUCUUCCUUAGUAAUGCCAAGUGAUUUAUCAACAUUGUUACCUCACAUUUCACCCACAUUCCUUCCAUCAUCUGUGCUGUUCGAUAAUUCUAGUUGGGGUUCAUCUCAGCUCCCAGCUGUUGACAUCACAAGCUCAGAGGCUUCCCAGCUGCCUUCAUGGCAACCUUCAUUGCUUUAUUCAAACUCAUCUUCUUUUCUAUUCCUUCAAAGUUCUACAACAGUGCCAUUAUCAACUUUCAAUAUGAACUCCUCUGUGUUUCUGGAACCAACAUCAAUUUCAGUUAUGGAAUCUGAAUUUUACUUUACCUCAGCUAUCACAGGAGCUACCUCUCAGUUUGAGUCAUCAUCCCUAGCCAUUGAGGCAACUGUUCCUAUGCAGGUGCUGCCCACCUCUGUUUCAGAGCCUAUUUUCACCAGCAAUAUUUUGGGUGAAGAACCAAAUGUGACCUUAUGGUUCUCCUCAUUGCAGAUGACUCCUGUCCUGACAUCUGCAUCCCUCUUUCCUUCUGCUGUUUCUGUCACUCCUGUUGUUGAGGUCACCGGUGCUACUGCUAAUCUUAGUAUGGUUUCCUUUUUUACUGAGGCAGCUCCUACCACAAAUUUUUUAACAACUACUCUUUAUAUGCCACCAUUGGCCACAGAAAUAAGCAGCAUUAGAGUCUCCUCUACAGAAUCAGCAAGUAUAGGGUCGUCAGCUGUAUCUACAGUGAUGCCUUCAUCUGUGAAUACUUCAACUGAUUCUAGCAUUCCAACUGGACCUAGUGGAACAGAGUUCUCCAGCGUAACAACGUCUACUGCUACCACUACUAGUAGCAAAAUAGGCCUUCCUGAAACAACCAGCAGUACACAAAGUUCUUCUACAUCCGUUUCAACUUCAGUUUUUCUCCCUACACCAGAAGUCACAAUGGCAACUGUUCCAGUGACUACAACUAGACAAUCCUACGUUUGUGAUAUCACAGUCCCUGAUAAAUACUUAGUAAUAGCUGUUCUAGCCCAGAAAUCUGUAAUAGAAAACAUCACGGAAUCCAUCAAAAACAUCUUGAGAACUGAGUUUAGAAGACUAGUAGAAUUGGAGGUUUAUGGACUUUCUCCCAAGUUCUCUUUUCUGGUUACCUCGGGUCCUUUUGUUUACACAGCAAUUGCUGUCAUCAAUGCUCUUGUGAAUAGUAGUCUCCUUCGUGGCCAGAUGCCUCUUAUUUUAUCCCUGCAGCCUUCUUUCCCUGCUCCAGAUUACAAGUUUCAGGUGCAGACUGUGCUUCAGUUUGUGCCUCAAAGCAUUGACAUUGGAUUCUGCAACUUCAGCCAACGUAUUGAAAAGGGACUCACCACUGCAUUUGGGGAGGCAAGAAAACAGCACUUGGGUAUUUCCAACUUUACUGUGCAGAUAUUGAAUAUAACCCUGGGUAGGUCUAGAGCGGCAUUUCGGCAAGGCCCCGUGCAAAUUGUUUUUGGCAUACAAGAGAAACAUGGAUUCUUAAAUGGGUCUGAAGUCAGUGAACUACUAAGAAACCUAUCUGUUGUGGAGUUCAGUUUCUAUUUGGGAUUUCCUGUGCAGCAGAUUGCAGAACCUGUUUAUUACCCUCAACUGAACACUUCUCAUUUGAUGAAAUCUUCCUGGGUGAGAACAGUUGUCCUGGGUGUCAUCAAUCAGAAAGUUCAAGAGGACGUUUUCCAGGCUGAGAUGGAACGGAAGCUGGCCCAGUUGUUAAACGAGGCCUUGCGCAAAGGGAGGAUAUGGAAGAGGGCAACAUUUGCUGGGAACAAUGUUGUGCAGAUUGUGAAUGUGUCACGCUUAGAGGAAGAUGACAACCCCGUUAUGCUGGUUUAUUUUGUGGAGGAUCAAGAUGGUGAAAGGCUCGGUGCUGUGAAGACAGCUGAUUUGAUUAACAGAGUGGAUAUCCAGAGGGCUGCUAUCAUUCUAGGAUACCGCAUUCAAGGCCCAGUGGCUCAGCCUGUGGAUAGAGUCAAAGAAUCUCCUCCAGAAUCACAGAACAAUCUUUGGAUUAUUGUCGGUGUUGCUGUCCCUGUGGCUGUAGUGCUGCUUAUCAUAAUCAUUUUAUACUGGAAACUCUGCCGCACGGACAAACUGGAAUUCCAGCCGGACACUAUGAGCAACAUUCAGCAGCGACAGAAGUUACAAGCCCCCAGUGUGAAGGGCUUUGAUUUUGCAAAGCAGCAUUUAGGCCAGCACAACAAAGAUGACAUCCUGAUCAUCCAUGAGCCAACUCCUCUGCCAGGACCAAUUAAGGACACCACUCCCUCUGAAAACGGUGACCUACCAAGCCCCAAAACCAAGAUCUCUUCAAAGCCAUCCAAGAAUGUCCGCCACAGAGGGAGAGUUUCCCCUUCUGAUGCUGACUCAACAGCAAGUGAACAGUCAAGUGGUCGGGAAACAGGAGAAGACACUGCAAGGCCACAGACUGCUGUCAAUGAGGUCAAACCUCAUAGAGUCAGCAAAACUGGAAUAAACAGAGUGGGGCCUCCACAAAUCAGUAAUGGAACAGAGCAACACUCUUCAGCCUCCAUAUUUGAGCAUGUGGACCGAAUGUCACGUUCCUCUGAAGUCAGCAGGAGAGUCCCUAGUAAAAUCCAGUUAAUUGCUAUGCAGCCGAUUGCAGCACCUCCAUCUCAGAACCAACCGCUUUCUGAUCGAGUAGCUGAAACCAACAAAAUUAACAAGGAGAUACAGACAGCUCUGAGGCAUAAAUCUGAAAUUGAGCAUCACCGCAACAAGAUCCGACUUCGAGCUAAGCGGAAAGGACAUUACGAAUUUCCAAUUGUAGAUGAUAUGGUUAUUAUUGAUACCAAAGAGCAGCAGAGAAUGUACCGCAAGGCACAGAUGCAGAUAGAUAAGAUCUUGGAUCCUGGGGGCAAUAUGCCAACUGUUUUCAUAGAACCCAGGAAAAGUUCGCGGGCCAAACGUUCUCCAAAACAGCGUCGGCGUCAUCAGAUAAAUGGCAGCCCAAUGGAUGCUGACAAGGACAGGCUGAUCACAACUGACAGUGAUGGAACUUACAAGAGACCUCCUGGAGUCAACAACUCUGCCUAUAUUUCUGAUCCUGACCUUCCUGCUGAACCUCAUACACCAUCUUCAGCAGAACUGGGGAAGUUUUCAGGUUUGCCACCACAUACCUCCCCGUACGUCCCUCCUCAGCCAUCCAUUGAAGAAGCUCGACAGACCAUGCAUUCUCUCCUGGAUGAUGCCUUUGCUUUGGUGGCUCCCUGUAGCCAAGCAUCCAGUUCUGCUGCCAUCACACACCCUGGUGGGUCAGGAGGACAGCCAACAAACACUCCUGUUCGAACUGCACGGGAUACUCCAAGCAGCCAGUGGGGCUCACCAUAUGGCCUGAGUCACACAAGAUACAUGGAAUUUGGGAUGACCCCUCCGACAGCACCAGGUCUGCUACAGAGCAGGCAAAAUCUGGGUCCAGGUUUUCUUCCCCCUGUUGAAUUAAUACACCCAGACACCCAGACCUCUGAUGUUCAGUAUUCCAGUAGAGGGAUCUACCCAGAGGAAUCGCCAUCUGUGGCAAGGCCGCGACCAGUUGGAAGCACUGCAGGUUCUCAGAUACAGCACCUCACUCAGGUGGGAAUUGCUAGCAGGAUCGGAGGUCAACAAGUGGAGAUCCCCUCAGGCAGAGCAGGGCAUGGCCAGCCGGGGGAACCAGGGUGGCCCCCAUAUCGUGGAGAGGAUGAAUAUGCUAGGAGAGAUGCAACACAUAUGCCUGGACAUCAAGAAUUUUUCUCCUCACCAGUAUUCCAGAUGCCGAGGACUUCGGCCCGACAGCCCUCAGCGCCACCUGUUCAGCUUCCACACAGCAACCACCAGGGCCCGGGGCUCUGUUACAACACCAGCUCCACUGAGGACCUCCAGCCAGGCCACUCUUCGGCCUCUCUCAUCAAAGCAAUCCGAGAGGAGCUCCUUCGGCUCUCUCAGAAACAGACCAUUGUGCAGAACUUCCACAGCUGAUUUGUCAUUUCCUUGCAAAUCUGCCAAAUAUCUGCUUCCUGUGGAAGCUAGACUCGCAGGAAAUCAGCAAGAGCCUGUUGUUCUUCUAUCAGAGGAGUGAGCUUGUACAGUAACCCAAGUUAUGACCCAAACAGAAAAGAAUUCCGCUGCAAGACAGACACUUCUGUGUGGAAAUGAGAGAAAGCGAAGAAGGCCACCGUGAACAGUUUAACACUUGACAAUCUUUUAACCUGCUGCUUUUAAAGCAUUUUAGGCAUUAUAAUUGUGCCCAGGCUGGGACUAUUCAGUUCUGCUCCAGAACCUAAACACUGCAGAAAAAGUAACGGUGCAUUUGAGUGUGAGACUCCCUUGCUUAUGGAAGGAGAGUGAAGUUUGCGAGCCGGAAUUGGUGGUAGUUUCACAAGAGGCUGCAAGAAUCCUGUGGCUUCAGACAUGUCCCUGAAGGUGGACUGGGUGUGCUAUUGAUGUGUUUUUCUUCAGACCUAUAAGAAACGGUGUUGAUCCUGUGCAAGCAAUUAAUUUAAUGAGAGCUUUGUUAAGACUCCUCAAAGAAAGGACUUUGGAGCAACUUGUUAAACCAGGACAAUAGUCAUUGUUAAUACUGCUCUGUGCUUCCAGAUGAAGCCAUCCUCUGCACUCUUCCUUGUUGUUCUUCUGGUGCUGAAGCUUCAAAGUGUCCCUUCAUCCUGAUGUUUGCAAAGUUGAAAUGAUGGCCUUUUUAAAAAAACACACACAGAAAAAACAAAAAGCACGCAAACAAAAAUCAAGGAUAUAAUCAUUUAUAAUAAUUCAGGCUGGAAGUAUGAACAAUUUUUUAAAAAAAAAACACAAGAGGGACUCAUUUCUUGGUGGAUGUAUACUGAAUUGAUUUUAAAAUGUAGAAAUGUUCAGGUCAGUUUCACAAGUGAUACAGAAGAGCUUGAAAGUAACGGGUUACUGCAAGUACAAUGAAAGUUUCUGGAGUAAGGUAAUAAGUGGGAAUGACAUGAAUUGGAGGGCUGUGAUGAUUUCUAGUUACUUUCAAAGGGCAUUUUAUACACCUUUUGAGAAAAUUUUUUUUCAUGUUUUUCAAGUUUCAUUCUUUUCAAUCCUGUGUUUUUCUCCUCCCAAAAAUUAGUGAAAAAAAUGGUGAUGGAAGGAGUAACAAAUGUUUGUAAUGUUAAUGGCAACCAGUUACUUAUAUGGGCCUUGUAACAUGCCAUGUUUUACUUUUAGAAAGUAAUUUUCCAAGCUCUGUAUAUAUUGAUACAGUGAUGAGAUUGCAACACUUUUUAUUCCCUCAUAAUAUGGCCCAAACAAUAGGAAAAGCAAAGGUAUAAAUAUUUUGAGUAAAUAAAUAUAAUUGAAUACAGCUUUCAUGGAGGAAGGUGGUCACUGAAGCUCUAACUCUAGCUACCUUUCCUUUACCUGAGUCUGCCAUUGUUUGUAGUGGGCAUCUUUGUAUUGAAAGAUGUAUUCCAUGGAGGGAAGCCAUUUGUAGACUUAUCCAAAUGACCCCUGCUUAUGAGCAUUUCUAUUGAAGCAUUUCCCACUUCUAAAUGGAAUUGUUUGUCCCAGCUGGAAUACAGCAGUGAAAUCAAUGAAACUUAGAUUUGUUGACCUACUCUAGCUGGAUUUCCCUGUUUUUAAAAGAAAUAGCGAUUCUCAUGCAAAAAGCCACCAUCCUUUCUUAGAUUGAAAGAGGCCAUGUGUCUCAAACCAUGUGCGGCACAUGCUUCAUGCAAAUGAUGUUUGUUCAUGAGGUUAAUAAAGUAGGAACACGUGGUAUUUUAAGAUGUAAUUUGAACAUUUCAGUUUGUGAGAAACACCAAAGUUGAAUGAAAAUUCAUUUCUCCAGUGGAUCCUCAAUCGCACUUGAAGUGGAUGUCUAAUAUUUAGCCUACCCAGAUGAGGCAACAAGCACUCGGAAAGAAGCAAAAGCAUCUUUCCACAAACUACACAAUACCAAACCUGAGAGAGCUAACAAGGUACACUUGAAAAUUGCUGCCACCUAGUUCUCUGAUUGGUCUCUGACUGUGGAGUACACAUUUCCACACAUGUUCAUGCUUCAGUUUAUGCAUUUCUUUCAUUUAAACAACCACUUUCAACACACUAUGUUUUAAGUGUGUCUUUGAGCGAGGAAAGCAGACUUUAUACCUUAAAAUGAGAUGCCCAGUGUGGUGUAGUGAAUAGAGCAAUGAAUUAGGACUCAGGAGUACCUGAGUAUCAGUCCAUGCUGAGCCAUUGAAACUCACUGGAGGAGUGGAACUGGUAAAGCCACUCUUUAAAUAUUACUUUACCUUGAAAAUCCCAUUAAGUUUGCUAUAAAUUGAUUCCAUCUUUAAGGCACAUAAUAUCUUAAAACGUAGGCCUAAAUCCAAAUACUCCCCACUUGAAUUAAUGGGAACUUGUUAAGUCAGCGUUUAUCUAAAUUCCACGGAUUAAAUGGGUUUACUCUAGUUUGGAGUAAUGAUUGGGUUUUAGGCCAUAGUGUGCAGAUUAGUUAUUAGGGACUCCCUGAAGAUCACUGGUGGAAACUUCUAGGUGUUUGAAGUUGGGAGUAUUUUGUGGUGGGUUAAGCCUUUUGUUAAUUUGCCAAAGGUCGUGAAUGCAGAUGUGCUGCUUGCUUUUCUUUUUAAUAUAAAAAAUAAAGUAGGCAAAUAGAUGGUUUUGGAACCUUGAAAACCAGCCUGGGUGAGACCACGCCACCAGCACUAGUUUAUCGUAAAUAAACAACACUCUGCAUUUACUUCUUGUAAAAGCCUACACAGAAAUGGUAACACUUGUGAUAACAGACCAUUUUAGAAUAACAGAAGCUUAGAUUUCACCAUUUAGAGGCAAUCUCUGCAUUUGUAUGUGUUCCUACUGAUAUUACGGUACAUGCCAUCCAGGCACGAGUUUUUACAGAAUUUUAAUUUUACUGUUAGUGGUGAGAUGUAAUUUACUGUUGUAUGGCCAUUGCUUAAUUGUAACCUGCGUAAUAUGAGUGGAAGAAAUCUAACUAAAUUAUUUUAUUUGUUGGAGUGUUUUGUUUUGUUUCUAACUUAGACUAAAUUAAAGCUAAAGCAGUG